UGCAUUCGUGUUUUGUUCGUGAGUGGUUGACGUUGGCGACUUUCACUAGCGGUUCUGCAGACUGACACUCUGAUUUGGUUUUGAUUUGGUGUGAAAAGUAUAAACUAAAGUAAAUUACAAUGGGUUCCGGCAAACAACAAAAAGUGCAAUCUUCUGGUUUCACCAAGGAGGAAGAGCUACUGCUGCAGGAUUUUAGCCGCAAUGUGAGCACCAAAUCCUCUGCCCUUUUCUAUGGCAAUGCCUUUAUCGUCUCCGCUGUGCCCAUUUGGCUCUUCUGGCGUAUUCAUAACAUGGACCUGUGGCCCAGCUCCAUUCUGUUUGUGUUGGUCACCGCAGCAAGCACUUAUUUGAUGGCUACUGCCUACAAAAAUAUUAAAUUCCAGUUGAAACACAAAAUUGCCAGCCGUCGCGAGGAGGCUGUGACCCGUGAGGUUAACCGUCAAUUGGGUGAUGACAAGAAGGUGACCCGCAAGGAAAAGGAUGAACGCAUCUUGUGGAAAAAGAACGAAGUGGCUGACUAUGAAGCCACCACGUAUUCGAUUUUCUAUAACAAUGCCCUCUUCCUGGCUAUCAUCAUUUUCAUUAGCUUCUUUUUGCUAAAGAAUAUUUCACCAUUUGUCAACUACAUUUUCUCCAUUGGUCUGGCCAGUGGUGCCUUGGCGUUAUUCUCCACAAGCGCUCAAACGAACUGAACAAAGAAAUUGUAAUAUUAAUUUGAUUAUGUUUCUUUUUUUAAAUUCAUGUAAACAUUAAGAGAUUCCAUAGAAAUUUUUAUAUACAUAGAUUGUUGUCUUUCUUGUAGAAAGCUGAAAAACGAAAGAAAAACCUUCCAUUCGCAAAAAAAAAAAAACAAAAUAAAUUGUAUAAAAAUUACUUUUGUGCGAGAAAACAUUGUCGGGAUCGUUGUGCUUUAAGCAUUACAAUAAUUAAAUCACACACAUUAAAUCAUAAAA